UAUGCAUCACCUUGUGGGAUUAAGAAAGCCCCAUUUGGAGUGAAUCCGUUUCUCUCUAUCUCUCUCCUUUGCAGCUAAAGGUCUAAAGCUGCUCUCUCUCUCAACCCAUACCUACUGAUCAAUGGACGCUUCUGCAAUCCAGACCAGUGAAUUUCUUAUAAAUGAAUAUGAGGAAGAAGAAGAAGAUUGGUUAAUGGUGAAACCAGCGAGGGUAAAUGCAAAGCAACUCCCAGACCACAUCUGGGAGAACAUCCUUUCAGGGCUCCCCAUUUCUUCCCUUUUAAAAAUGAAAUCAGUCUGCAAAAGCUGGAGAACCAUCAUCAAUUCCAACACCUUCUUGACAGUAUACAAAAAGCUACCACCCCAAGAUCUCUACUUCUUCCUCUUUGCUGAUUAUAUACACAAAUCCAUUGCAGCUGCUUAUAACCCAACUGAUAACAAAUGGGUUUUGAUCCCUCUCUCUCACAUCUCAUCCUCUUGCCCAAGCACUUGUUGUAAACUAAGGCGCCCCAUUGUCUCUCAUGGUGGUCUAAUUCUUGCUGAGGACCGAAAGGGGUCACUGGUUUUGUUCAAUCCCUUCACAAAAACUUGUAGAACUCUGCCCCCCAUGAUGCCCAUGAAGUGGCCCUAUGUGGUUGCCAUGAUGGGUUCUUAUGAUUCUAGUUUUAAGAUCUUAGCCAUCAGCACCACUGAUAAAAUCUCAUCUCAGGUCUAUGAUUAUGGCCGUAAUUUGUGGGAAAUGAGUGGGGAGUUCGAUGGGAGGUUUGCCAUGAUUGGAAGUGCAGCUUGUUUAAAUGGGUUCUUGUUUUGCUUGAGUCAUGGCCCUGAUUAUCUUUUGGCUUAUGAUAUUAGGAUGGGUACAUGGGAUUUGGUCAAUGGCAAUGCUUCCAUACCCCAUGUCUCAUGUUCUUAUAUAUCAGAGUAUCAAGGUUCAUUGAUAUUGGUUGGUGGGGUUGAGGAGCAUGGGGCUAUGAAGAGUAUUGAUAUAUUUGAAUUCGAUAUGAGAGAAAGGAUAUGGCGCUUGAUAUGUAGGAUGCCCCAUCACUUAUUCAUUGGGUUUGGUCUUGGGAAGCUAAGCCACUUUGUGACAGUGGCUCAUUCUGGUAGGAUAUGUUUCUACAAGAAUUCUACUUCUUCAAUCAUGAUGUAUGAUAUGCCUGCAAAUAGAUGGUCAUUGCUGCCCCCAUGUCCUCUUGAUAGCUGCCUUAAUAGGCCAUUGUGGUUUGGCCUUGCUGUGGAGCCAAGGAUGGAUGUAUUUGUAUGAUUUCGUGAAAAGAAAAGGGACCUGACUUCCACAGUUUUCAAUGAUUCCCUUGCCUCAUGUUCUUCUAUGAUUUGAAAUCUUCCUAUUUUCUGAACUAGAUGGAUUGGAUGUAAAUAUCCAAUAUGGAAUAUUAUUACUAUUUUUAUGGAGAUUGUGGCCUUUCAUUCUAUUCAUUAUCUUGUUCUAUUAAUUUCGCAGUCUGUAUCUAUAAUGUCAAUGAAAAUGUAUUUAUUAAGCAAAUGGACUCCUAAACUGCUACAGGGGAUUAAUGUCGUCAUCCUUAACUUUCUUUCA